AUGACGUUGACGCACACGACUCCCUAUCAUGUCCCAGACGUGUGCAGUGGGGAAAUGAUCCUCGCCAUGGCAUCCUCUAUGGAUGUUGUGCUGCUGGAGGUGAGCAUUGACGAGACGUGCACGGGUGUGAGGGAGGGUGUGAGGCAGGGUGUGAGACAGGGUGUGAGACAGGGUGUGAGACAGGGUGUGAGGGAGGGUGUGAGGCAGGGUGUGAGGCAGGGUGUGAGGCUAGGCGUGAGGCAGGGUGUGAGACAGGGUGUGAGACAGGGUGUGAGGGAGGGUGUGGGGCAGGGUGUGAGACAGGGUGUGAGACAGGGUGUGAGACAGAGGGGGGGAGGGUGUGAGACAGGGUGUGUGACAGGGUGUGAGACAGGGUGUGAGACAGGGUGUGUGACAGGGUGUGAGACAGGGUGUGAGACAGGGUGUGAGGCAGGGUGUGUGACAGGGUGUGAGGCAGGGUGUGAGACAGGGUGUGUGACAGGGUGUGAGACAGGGUGUGUGACAGGGUGUGUGUCAGGGUGUGUGACAGGGUGUGAGGCAGGGUGUGAGACAGGGCAUGAGACGGGGUGUGAGGCACGGUGUGAGACAGGAUGUGAGACAGGGUGUGAGGUAGGGUGUGAGGCAGGGUGUGAGACAGGGCGUGAGGCAGGGUGUGAGACAGGGCGUGAGGUAGGGCGUGAGGCAGGGUGUGUGGCAGGGUGUGAGACAGGGCGUGAGGCUAGGCGUGAGGCAGGGUGUGAGACAGGGCGUGAGGCAGGGUGUGUGGCAGGGUGUGUGGCAGGGUGUGAGACAGGGUGUGAGACAGGGUGUGAGACAGGGUGUGAGACAGGGUGUGUGACAGGGUGUGAGACAGGGUGUGAGACAGGGUGUGAGGCAGGGUGGUGUGAGGCAGGGUGUGAGGCAGGGCGUGAGACAGGGUGUGAGACAGGGUGUGAGGCAGGGUGUGAGGCAGGGUGUGAGACAGGGUGUGAGACAGGGUGUGAGGUAGGGUGUGAGGCAGCGUGUGAGGCAGGGUGUGAGUCAGGGUGUGAGACAGGGUGUGAGGCAGGGUGUGAGGUAGGGUGUGAGGUAGGGUGUGAGGUAGGGUGUGAGGUAGGGUGUGAGGCAGUGUGUGAGGCAGGGUGUGAGGCAGGGUAUGAGGCAGGGUGUGAGGCAGGGUAUGAGACAGGGUGUGAGACAGGGUGUGAGACAGGGUGUGAGACAGGGUGUGAGACAGGAUGUGAGACAGGGUGUGAGACAGGGUAUGAGGCAGGGUAUGAGACAGGGUGUGAGGUAGGGUAUGAGGCAGGGUAUGAGGCAGGGUAUGAGACAGGGUGUGAGGCAGGGUGUGAGGCAGGGUGUGAGACAGGGCGAGAGGCAGGGUAUGAGGCAGGGCGUGAGGCAGGGUGUUAG